AUGAGAGCGGGCCACGAGCGGAGCCAGGAGUGCCUCCCGCCAAAGAAGCGGGAACUUCCCACCGCCAGCACCGGCACCGAGGCAGGACGGGCAGGGGGUGCCCAGGCCUCGGGCAAGGGCCCCGAGUGGGCCCGGACAGCUGGGCCGGGUCCUGCAGCCCUGCGCUAUGGCCCUGGCGAGGCCACAGAAGCAGUGGCGGGGCUGACGGUGGACCAAUAUGGGAUGCUCUACAAAGUGGCAGUACCACCCGCCACCUUCUCCCCCACGGGUCUGCACCCUGUGGUGAACGUGAGCCCCCUGCCCCCUGCCUUCAAUGUGACCUCGCCAAUAAUCCAGCACCCAGGGGUGCCCUACCCUCCCAUCCACUACGCGCAGAUCCCUCCAACAUCCCUACAGUUCAUCGGCUCGCAUUACACAGUGCCCUAUGCUGUCCCUCCUGGCUUCCUGCCUAGUCCUCUCCUGUCUCCUUCCACCAACCUCACCGCCUCUCAUGUCCCCCACUUUGUGCCAUAUGCCUCUCUCUUCACAGAAGAAGCCGCUCCUUCCCCCCAGACUACCUCUCCUACCCACACUUUCAACAAAUCUGCUUCUGCAAUCUCUCCUUCUGGCCAGAUGCAGCACCACGCUGGGACCCAGCCGUUAGAUAUUGCACCAGGUAGAAUUCCUGUUUAUUAUCAGAUGUCCCGCCUCCCACCAGGGUAUUCAGCAUAUGAGACACCUACAGCAGGUGGAAGCCCAGAGUCUCCUCAGCAAGACAGUCAGCUGAGUUCAGAGGUAGCUGCUGCCAAUGGUGGACAGAGACAUCUGGAGCAUAAUGUGUUGAGGAGGACCAGCGAGGCUGUGGACUCUGCCGGCAGUAAAGCUGAAGACUGUCUGCCAGGGGCUGCAGCAGGAUGCGUGGUCGAUGGACAGUUCCUUUCAGGUUACCAGACGCUGGGAACAGAGGUCUCUGUGCCAGCUCACAGAAGCACCCCAGACACUGAUCUGGAGGUUCAGAGGGUGGUGGGGGUGUUGGCAUCUCAGGAUUAUCAUAUUCUGGCAGCCCAGAGGAAAGAUGACGCGAGCCCUUUAAACCUUUGCCAUAAUAUCCCUGAUCAGCAGGGGGAGUCAAAGGACGUGCAGAAGAACACAGUGGAAAGGGCUGCUGCUGAGAAAAGCCAGUCCAGGAGUCCGUAUGUAAUGUCCCCUGAAGAGCCGGUUAGACAAAGACAAUUAACCAAAGGAAUGGUGAUAGCCAACGGCAAGCCAGUCCUGGUUCCCGUUGGAUCUGAGCCCAUCAGGUCUUCCACUUCAGAAACCCUGGUGAGGCGGAGCCCAGAUGCACAGGCUCAAGGAAGUGUGCUUGAAAAAGACCUGGCCCAGCUGCAGCCAGCCAGCUCCUCACACUUGCCCUCUCACUUCAUGAAAGGAGCCAUCAUCCAGCUGGCUACAGGAGAGCUGAAGCGGGUAGAGGACCUGCAGACUCAAGACUUUGUUCGCAGUGCAGAGGUGAGCGGGGGCCUGAAGAUCGACUCCAGCACUGUGGUGGAUAUUCAGGAAAGCCAGUGGCCUGGGCUUGUCACACUGCAUUUUGUGGUUGGGGAGCAACAAAGUAAAGUGAGCAUUGAUGUGCCCCCAGAGCAUCCCUUCUUUGUGUAUGGCCAGGGCUGGUCCUCUUGUAGCCCAGGGCGGACUGCUCAGCUCUUUGCUUUGCCCUGUCACAGGCUGCAAGUGGGCGAUGUCUGCAUAUCAAUCAGUUUACAGAGCAUGAAUGGCAACUCUGCUUCUCAGGCUAACUACCCUCUCACAGAUCAGUUGUUAUCUACUAGGGACAGAUCUGAAAGAACAGCUCAGGGGUCCAGAGAAUCAUCUGACAGAGCUGCUGAAAGGAAUAGCCACACAGACAGGGACACUGCAGCCCAGAGCUCUCAUGCAGAACCCUCUCAGCCUGAGACUGGCAGUCAGCAGAGCUGGACAGCCCCAGGCUUCCAAAGAUACAGCAUGCAGGCAGAGGAGCUUCGGCCCUCUCUGCUCCGUCCCUCUUUCAUUCCCCAGGAGGUCAAGCUGUCUAUUGAAGGGCGUUCUAAUGCAGGGAAAUGAUCCCUAUGAGGCUACGAGCUAGGGCAUCCCCUGUAGGUGAGCCUCACCAUCAGGUGGAGAAAUUGCACAGACUUUGUGACAGGUUCACCAGCAAGGCUGCUUUCUGCCCUGCAGGACUGGAUUUAUUCCAUCCAGUUCGGUGGCUGACCAGUUCCUCUUGGGGAAUCAAGAGGGCUCCAGUGCCUCAGGGAGCAGCAACAGGCUAGCUGGGGUAGAGAACAGGGAUGUGCUCAUGAGCUUGCGAUGAGAGCAUUCCAGAGGUUGGAGGCUGGGGCUUUCUCACACCUCCCUGAAUAACUGAUUCCCUGCAGGGCAGGGUCUAAGCAUUCAGAAUAGGUGGGGAGAUGAGAAGGGCAGACACGGCUUAAGGUAGCAGAUAAAAUUGCUGAAGAUUUUAUUCCUUCUUUCUCAUGAUGGGGAGAGAUGGGUCCCCACUGGAGUUUAGGGGGCUCUAC